CUCACCGCGAGGCUCAGUCAGUUGUGCGCUGCCGUGUUGACCUGUUCGCGAGGGAAUCGGCGCCGGAGAGGCUUCGGACGUCGGCAUGCGGCGCCUCGACUGCCUGCUGGCCGUGCUCUUCGCGCUCCUCGCCGUCAAAGGUGCCGCGAGCGUUACGCUUUUCAAAGUGGAAGUGCCGGAUUUCAAGAGGGUCGGCGAAUCGGCCACGCUGCUGUGCAAUUACUCGCUGGCCGACGGCGAGGGACUUUACUCUGUCAAGUGGUACAAGGACAACGAGGAGUUCUACCGGUACGUGCCGAGAUCGCGGCCCGCCAUGCACAGCUACAAAGUCGAAGGCGUUGAAGUUCAGCGCCACUUCUCAAACAACUACAACGUGCACCUGCAGUCUCUCAAUUUGCGCUCAAGUGGCCUCUACAGAUGCGAAGUGUCCGCGGAAGCUCCUUCUUUCAGCUCCGUCAACGGCGAGGGUCGCAUGGAAGUCGUCUACUUGCCAAAACACGACCCGCUCAUGGACGGUGGCGGGGUGGUCUACGCCAUGGGUGACCUGGUCAGCAUCAACUGCACCUCCAGCAAAUCGUUUCCGCCUGCCGAGAUGCGAUGGUACAUCAAUAACCACCCUGUCUCGGGCGACAAUGUCAUCCACUUCGAGCCGGUGGUGCACAAGCAUGGUCUCGUCACCAUCAGGACGGGCCUCCGUUUUGAGGCCAUGGAACACCACUUUGUCAACGGGCGCAUGACCGUCAAGUGCACCUCCAACGUGAGCCUCCGCAAGCCGGAAAACCCGUUCCAGCAGAACGUGCCCUCGCUAGACAGCAAAUGGGUCAUGAUGGACUUCCUCGGAGGUGCGUCGGGCGUGUCGGCCAGUCCGGCGCUGUUGUUGGCGUCGUUGUUGCUGCUCCUGCACCUGCUUUUCAGCCACCGAGUGCAAUAACCCUGUGAGCUCGACAAACUACGCGCGAAGUACGCACGGAUGAAGGACAAAUCAUUCUUGGUGAUAUUUUGUUAUAAGUGAUCGAACGAACGCUGCGUGUUGAAAGUGACUUUAGAAAGGUAUGAAUGUACACACACAAAAUAAACACACACACACACUUGCAUCAACAACAAAACGUGUUCCAUCAGGCACCUAUUUAAUAUUAUAUAUCAAUGGACUCGGAAAAAAUAUCAUCGUUUUUUAGGAUCGCGCACACUGUUCCUGUUCCUUGUGAAUAUCUGAGUUGUUUAUCGGAGUAAAUGGCGAAAAAUAUAGAGAAAUUAAGACAUUUGCGGAAAUU